AUGAGUGAUGAUGCGUUAUUCGCUUGGGAUUGCGAAACGUAUUCAGAAAAAGACACGCGAAGAGCAAUUCCUUAUGCCUGCACUUUAAUUAAUUUAGAAAAAGUAAGAAAAAUGUUAAACAGAAUAAAUAAUCUCUUUCCAGAUUUAAAGUCAUCAGAUCCCCUUCCAGAAGAAUUUUAUGAUAAACUAAUGAAUGUAGUAGAAAUAUUUGUAGGUACAGAUUGCAUAGAUCAAAUGUUGAAAUAUUUAGGUCAAUAUGAUAGAAAGAGAUUAAUAUUAAUUUCUCAUAACGGCAGUGGAUUCGACAACUGGAUCGUGCUUAAAAAUGCAAAAAAACUAACGCAUUGCCCUUUAAAAACACCCAGAGGAAUUCUAUAUUUUCCUUUAUCUAAUCCAUACACGGAUGAAGAUUUACAGAAAAAAUGGAAAAGACAGAAAGAAAUAAAGGGUAAUUAUUUACAACAUAUUAAUUUCACGUGUUCCUAUCAACACGAAUCCUCUAGUUUGGCUGCAUGGGGAAAUUCUUCCAAUCUUCCCGCGAAUUUGAGAAAGAUUGCCGACGUAGAUAUCGCUAAAUACACGCAAGACAACUGGGAGGAAUUGAGACACGAAUGGGAACCUUACGUCAAGAGAGACACUCUCUGUUUGGGAGCUUGUUUGAAAAAAUACAACCAAGUCACGAAAGAAGUUGUAAACCAGAAUAUGUCCAAUAAUCUAACGGCUCCAUCUUUAUCUUUAAAGGGUUGGUAUUAUUUAUAUCAUUACGAUAAAGAAAUGGUGGAAGAAGAAUGGUAUGAAACUACUAGAAUGGUUGCGAAACAUACCGAAAAAGAAAAUAUAGAAAAAGUUUAUUCGCACACAAAUCCUUUUAUAAGAAAUUUUAUCAGACGAUCUAUUAAAGGAGGAAGAGUUUCGGCAAAUAGAAAAUCAUUUGAAACGAACAAAAUGGAUGAAAUUUGUAACGUAUUAAAUAUAUACAGAACUUGA